AUGCUUCGCCAAACCGCCGUUCAGCUCAACACGUACCUCACGCGGUCUGUCGCAACACCGCCCAUCUCAGUCAUCCGCACGGGACCCAAGUGGUGGGCCGAACCGGAGCGAAUGGUGAAGCACAAGGUCAUGUACUUUACCAUGGGCAUCGAUCAGCUGCCGCUGCGCCGCACCGCUGUCAUCCAGAACGACCUGAAGCGCUUUCACAUGUGCAAGCCGCCACCGCGCGUCGGCGACGCCACCGGGUACAAGCGAUCGCGCGGCGCGCAGCUCACGACGUGGUACCGGCGCAUCCAGUACCAGGAGUACCACCUGCAGCAUCUCUUCGUGCGCCACAUGUGGGGCCUGCUGCGCAUGUAUCCAGGCAACACGACCAAGAUCCAGGGCAAGGCGGACGACGGCUACGUUGGCUACGACUCCGUGCACUUUCAUCGAUACAACCGCUCGCCCCUGCCCUUCCCAGCACGCGAAAUCUACGAGCGUCGCAAGUGA